AUAAUGGGCGCGGCCUCGCUCUUCUCGACGAUGGAGUGAAAGAACAAAAGAAAUAACUAAAAAAAAAUCCAGGGCGCUGGCGCUUUUGUAGAAAAGAAAAUUAUUUUUUUUAAAAAGGCGUAAAAAAAACAAAAAUCUUUAUUAUUUAAUGAGGAACAAAUAUUUAAUGUUAGUCUUGCCCUGUUAACGUUAUAACAAUGCCGAGUAGUACAGUGUUUACAGACAUGGAGCGGGACGACGGCGACUCUGGGCCUCUCCACAUCGCCAUGGAGCAGCUCACCGUCUUCGGCCUGGAGGAGCCCCCGCUGUCGUUGCCGCCGCCGCCGCCACCUCCUCCUCCUGCACCGCCGGUGUCCCUGGCUCAGCACCUCCGGAACCUGGAAUCAGACGCUUCUUCCUCGCCUCCUCCACCUUCCCCCACCGCCGGGCCUGGGCCCGGACCCGUUCCCGUUCCCGUUCCCGGGCUCGAGCCGCUGGCCGUGCCCGGGCCACCGCUCCUCCUCCAGGGCCCGGUGAGCGGAAGUCAGCAAGGAGCAGUGCCGGGCCCGUGUCCCUGCCCGGCCACCGCUCCUGGCGCCGCCGCCGUAGCCGCUGGAGGAGGUGGUGGUGGCGGCGGCGGCCUGCCCCUGGUUUCUUCAGUCCUGGCUUUGUUCGAGGCCGAGCAGAUCCAGCUCCAGCAACAGCAGCAACCCCGAAAAAAGAGUGUCAACAUGACCGAGUGUGUGCCGGUGCCCAGCUCCGAGCAUGUCGCCGAGAUCGUGGGCAGACAAGGUUGCAAAAUCAAGGCCCUGAGAGCAAAAACCAACACUUACAUCAAGACUCCAGUUAGAGGAGAGGAGCCCGUUUUUGUCGUCACUGGGAGAAAGGAGGAUGUUGCUAUGGCUAAAAGAGAGAUCAUUUCAGCUGCAGAACACUUCUCGAUGAUACGUGCAUCAAGAAACAAAAAUGGAGCAGUGCCUGGGGCAACACCUGGACUAGCUGGCCUCUCUGUACCUGGCACCCCAAGUCUACCUGGGCAAACCACCAUUCAGGUACGAGUGCCCUACCGUGUAGUGGGUCUGGUGGUAGGGCCCAAAGGUGCUACAAUUAAGCGAAUUCAGCAACAAACCCAUACAUAUAUAGUCACUCCUAGCCGUGAUAAAGAGCCAGUGUUUGAAGUGACUGGCAUGCCUGAAAAUGUUGAUAGAGCCAGGGAAGAGAUAGAAGCACACAUUGCUGUUCGUACGGGCAAUUAUAUUGAAAUCAAUGAAGAAAAUGACUUCCAUUCCAAUGGCACAGAUGUGAGUUUUGACAACAGUGGGUUUGAAUCUGCAUGGGGGAAGAUGAACUCAAUUCCUCCUACCCGCAAUAGACUUCUGUCUAGCUACAGAAAUGACAGCUCGAGCUCUCUUGGCAGUGGAUCAACUGAUUCCUACUUUGGAAGUAACCAGAUGACUGACUUCAGUCCAACAAGUCCAUUCAGUGCAGGUGGUUUCUGGUUUGGAGAAUCAUUCACAGCCAUGAGUCCUGAAGAUCUGGGGUUUGAAUCGCCUGCCUUUGAUUCUCUUCCAGCUACAACUCAGUCUGUGAUCUGGUGUCCAUUCGAACAAGCAAAUCCUAUUGGCUUUGGUAAUGAAUCGACAAUUGGUACAAUAGCCCGUGAUAGCCAACCCACUACCCCUCGCCUAUCACCAACCUUUAUAGAAAAUAUAGAGUUUCCCCUUGCAAGGCGGCCAUGUAGUGACCCUUUAAACAUGGCGAGUCAAGUUGAGCUUCCAGUAUAUAUCUCUGCCUUCUCUAAUGGUACAAGCUACUCCUCCUCCAAUGGUAGCACUACUUCUGGUUCACCCACCGACUCGUCUGGCUCUGGUAUGGCCAGGGGCAAACGUGAUUGUGUGGUCUGCUUUGAAAGUGAAGUGAUUGCAGCUCUGGUGCCAUGUGGCCACAACCAUUUCUGUAUGGAGUGUGCCAAUCGAAUCUGUGACAAGGAAGAUCCAAAGUGUCCAGUGUGCAACACACCUGUUACUCAGGCCAUUCGCAUCUACUCUUAACUUAAUGGACAUUUGGGUGGGUGGAGGGGUGGGAUAGAAUGAUUGAUGGGGAAGGAGGGUAGAAUGUAUGUUGGUACUUGUCUGAAAACUUCCUAUUGGUAAAAUGUGACUGUUAUGUAGUUGGAUUCGUAGGAUUAGGCUACGAGUUUACUGUAAAUUUUAAAAGUUGGGUAAUACCAUUUUUGUUUUCUGUUAGACAAACUCAUUUCAUGGAUCACCAAACAAGGUGGAUCAGUUUAUUUGCAGAUGUACAUGCAGGAUUUAAAAAUAUACUUGACAGUGAAAGUGGCCCUUGAGCUUUUUAAAACUUUUAAAUUGUGCCACUUGCAUCACCUUUUUAUUUUUGAGGGAUGCUUGUUCUGGAUUAAUCGCCCCCACCCCUGGGAUUUGAUUUACCAGUCUCUACCAAGUUAACUGAUCUAACAAUCUAGCAGUAAGGAUUCUACUGCAAAUACAAUGCAGUUGUUUUUGUCCCUUUAUUUAAAACUACUGGCCGUAGUUCAUGGAAAUUGUGAUAUCCAAUAACAAGUAGUUUGACAGGCUGUUGACUUGCUUUUCUACCCCUCUUCGUCCCUUACCUCACUCCACGCAAUAGCCAUACUUGGAUGAGAUACCAGAGGGUUGCUGGUACCAUAGGAUCCAAUCCAGAGCUUUAAGUAGAGCAGUGAAAAUAAUUAAAGGUUAAAUUGGGGGUAAAAUGCUUGAAAUAGUGUAAUGGAUAUGAAACAUUCAGUUUUAUUUCAUUUUCCACUAGAGAUUUGUAAUUCUAAGCUGGUAACUCAGUGAGUUAUAAAAGGUUCACUCUCUUACUCUCUCCUUCAUUGU